CGUUUUCUCUUUCUUUAUUCUUUGGUAUAACACUUUUCAUACCCCAAAAAAAUUAGAAAAAUGGUCUAUAUAGUCGAGUAUGCGAAGAGCGAUAGAAGCACUUGUAGUGGCCCAAGAAAAAUAUGUCCCGUAGAAGACAGAAGUAUUGCUGUAAGUUUGGUUCUAUUCAAUAGUCAAGUGCUCAUCCGUACCCAUCAAAAGAAAGGGGAAUUACGCUUGGGAGUUGAAGUUUCAAAUAUUCAUGGUGUUAGUUGGCGUCAUUGGGUUUGUAUCACUGAUAGGGUCGUUGAAAACAUGAAAGCAGCACACGAAGAUGUAAAUGAGCUUCAAGGCUAUAGUAAUCUUCGAGAGGAAGAUCAAGAAAGAAUUCAGCGUGCAUGGAAACUUGGCAAAAUACCAGAUCUUGAGAAACCUGAAUUUUUUAUGGAGAAAAAAGAUAAAAUAGAAACACAAGAAGCAUUGGACGCUGAGGCAGAAGAAGAAGCGGAAGAUAUGUCUGACCAGGAUGAAGGAAAAGUCACUUCUAAAAAGAGACAUGACAACUCAGAUGAAAUGCAAGAUGGUAAUGGUCAUAAGCGAGCUAAGGUAGAGCAUGCAGAGAAACAAAAGCCUACCGGAACAACUAAAGUUCACAAGAGUACUGUGCCAACUGUCCCACCUCAUAAGACUAUUUCAAAAAGCUCUCGUCGUCCUUCAGGAAGUAAAAAUGGUCAAGUUCUUUCUCACAAGCCUGUCAAAUCAUCUGACAGACAGUCCCAUGCAAAUGAGUCAAAGGGACCUCCACCUCACGAACACGUCAAAUCUUCUCCUGCACGUAUCAUGAAUUGCCCAAAAGAGACAAUCUAAAGGUGGCACAUCAUCUGCUAAGAAAGCCAAGAGUCAAUAAACAAUAAUUCUCUUUAUUUAGUGCACAUGAA